UCGACCGCCCAGCGGAGCCGCGGCAGGGGGAACCCAGUUUCCGAAGAACUUUUCAAGGGCCCCGGGCCGCCUCCGAGGCCGGGGCAGGACACAAACUCGCGGAGCGGCGGCGGCAACUGCGAGCCGGGGCCGCGGCGGCGCUCCCUGGGAAGGACCGUACGAGGCGGCCGGCCCGGCGGGCCUCCCGGAGGAGGCGGCUGCGCCAUGGACGAGUCGCCCUUCAGCGAGGCGGCUUUGGAGCAGGCGCUGGGCGGGCCGUGCGAUCUGGACGCGGCGCUGCUGACCGACAUCGAAGACAUGCUUCAGCUUAUCAACAACCAAGACAGUGACUUCCCUGGCCUGUUUGACCCGCCCUAUGCUGGGAGUGGGGCAGGGGGCACAGACCCUGCCAGCCCUGAUACCAGCUCCCCAGGCAGCUUGUCUCCACCUCCUGCCACACUGAGCUCCUCUCUUGAAGACUUCCUGAGCGGGCCGAAGGCAGCACCCUCACCCCUGUCCCCUCCCCAGCCUGCACCCACUCCAUUGAAGAUGUACCCGUCCGUGCCCACUUUCUCCCCUGGGCCUGGUAUCAAGGAAGAGUCAGUGCCAUUGAGCAUCCUGCAGACCCCCACCCCGCAGCCCCUGCCAGGGGCCCUCCUGCCACAGAGCUUCCCGGCCCCAGCCCCAACGCAGUUCAGCUCCACCCCUGUGUUAGGCUACCCCAGCCCUCCGGGAGGCUUCUCUACAGGGAGCCCUCCUGGGAGCACCCAGCAGCCGCUGCCUGGCCUGCCACUGGCUUCCCCGCCAGGGGUCCCGCCCGUCUCCUUGCACACGCAGGUCCAGAGUGUGGCCCCCCAGCGGCUACUGACAGUCACAGCUGCCCCCACGGCAGCCCCUGCAACGACCACUGUGACCUCGCAGAUCCAGCAGGUCCCGGUCCUGCUGCAGCCCCACUUCAUCAAGGCAGACUCACUGCUUCUGACAGCCAUGAAGACAGACGGAGCCACUGUGAAGGCGGCGGGUCUCAGCCCCCUGGUCUCCGGCACCGCUGUGCAGACAGGGCCUUUGCCGACCUUGGUGAGUGGCGGAACCAUCUUGGCAACAGUCCCGCUGGUUGUAGAUGCGGACAAGCUACCUAUCAACCGGCUGGCGGCGGGCAGCAAGGCCCCGGUCUCAGCCCAGAGCCGUGGAGAGAAGCGCACAGCCCACAACGCCAUUGAAAAGCGCUACCGCUCCUCCAUCAACGACAAAAUCAUUGAGCUCAAGGAUCUGGUGGUGGGCACUGAGGCAAAGCUGAAUAAAUCUGCUGUCUUGCGCAAGGCCAUCGACUACAUUCGCUUUCUGCAACACAGCAACCAGAAACUCAAGCAGGAGAACCUAAGUCUGCGCACUGCUGUCCACAAAAGCAAAUCUCUGAAGGAUCUGGUGUCAGCCUGUGGCAGUGAAGGGAACACAGACGUGCUCAUGGAGGGCGUGAAGACUGAGGUGGAGGACACACUGACCCCACCCCCCUCGGAUGCCGGCUCGCCCUUCCAGAGCAGCCCCUUGUCCCUUGGCAGCAGGGGCAGUGGCAGCGGUGGCAGUGGCAGUGACUCGGAGCCUGACAGCCCAGUCUUCGAGGACAGCAAGGCAAAGCCAGAGCAGCGGCCGUCUCCGCACAGCCGGGGCAUGCUGGACCGCUCCCGCCUGGCCCUGUGCACGCUCGUCUUCCUCUGCCUGUCCUGCAACCCCUUGGCCUCCCUGCUGGGGGCCCGGGGGCUUCCCGGCCCCUCAGAUAUCACCAGCGUCUACCACAGCCCUGGGCGCAAUGUGCUGGGCACCGAGAGUAGAGAUGGACCUGGCUGGGCCCAGUGGCUGCUGCCCCCAGUGGUCUGGCUGCUCAAUGGGCUGCUGGUGCUGGUCUCCUUGGUGCUUCUCUUUGUCUACGGUGAGCCAGUCACGCGGCCGCACUCAGGCCCCGCCGUGCACUUCUGGAGGCAUCGCAAGCAGGCUGACCUGGACCUGGCCCGGGGGGACUUUGCCCAGGCUGCCCAGCAGCUGUGGCUGGCCCUGCGGGCACUGGGCCGGCCCCUGCCCACCUCCCACCUGGACCUGGCUUGUAGCCUCCUCUGGAACCUCAUCCGUCACCUGCUGCAGCGUCUCUGGGUGGGCCGCUGGCUGGCAGGCCGGGCGGGGGGCCUGCAGCGGGACUGUUCUCUGCGGGUGGAUGCUCGCGCCAGCGCCCGAGACGCAGCCCUGGUCUACCAUAAGCUGCACCAGCUGCACACCAUGGGGAAGUACACAGGCGGGCACCUCACUGCCACCAACCUGGCGCUGAGUGCCCUGAACCUGGCAGAGUGUGCAGGGGAUGCCGUGUCUGUGGCAACGCUGGCCGAGAUCUAUGUGGCAGCUGCAUUGAGAGUGAAGACCAGUCUCCCACGGACCUUGCAUUUUCUGACACGCUUCUUCCUGAGCAGUGCCCGCCAGGCCUGCCUGGCACAGAGUGGCUCAGUGCCUCCUGCCAUGCAGUGGCUCUGCCACCCCGUGGGCCACCGUUUCUUCGUGGAUGGGGACUGGGUCGUGCUCAGUACCCCACGGGAGACCCUGUACAGCUUGGCCGGUAACCCAGUGGACCCCCUGGCCCAGGUGACUCAGCUAUUCCGGGAACAUCUCUUGGAGCGAGCACUGAACUGUGUGACCCAGCCCAACCCCAGCCCUGGGUCAGCUGAUGGGGACAAGGAAUUCUCGGAUGCCCUCGGGUACCUGCAGCUGCUGAACAGCUGUUCUGAUGCCGCGGGGGCUCCUGCCUGCAGCUUCUCCAUCAGUUCCAGCAUGGCCACCACCACCGGCGUAGACCCGGUGGCCAAGUGGUGGGCCUCUCUGACAGCUGUGGUGAUCCACUGGCUGCGGCGGGACGAGGAGGCGGCUGAGCGGCUGUGCCCACUGGUGGAGCACCUGCCCCGGGUGCUGCAGGAGUCUGAGAGACCCCUGCCCAGGGCGGCUCUGCACUCCUUCAAGGCUGCCCGGGCCCUGCUGGGCUGUGCCAAGGCAGAGUCUGGUCCAGCCAGCCUGACCAUCUGUGAGAAGGCCAGUGGGUACCUGCAGGACAGCCUGGCUACCACACCAGCCAGCAGCUCCAUUGACAAGGCCGUGCAGCUGUUCCUGUGUGACCUGCUCCUUGUGGUACGCACCAGCCUGUGGCGGCAGCAGCAGCCCCCGGCCCCGGCCCCGGCAGCCCAGGGUGCCAGCAGCGGGCCUCAGGCUUCUGCCCUUGAGCUGCGUGGCUUCCAACGGGAUCUGAGCAGCUUGAGGCGACUGGCACAGAGCUUCCGGCCCGCCAUGCGGAGGGUGUUCCUACAUGAGGCCACGGCCCGGCUGAUGGCGGGGGCCAGCCCCACACGGACACACCAACUCCUCGACCGCAGUCUCAGGCGGCGGGCAGGCCCCGGUGGCAAAGGAGGCACGGUGGCGGAGCUGGAGCCGCGGCCCACGAGGCGGGAGCACGCGGAGGCCUUGCUGCUAGCCUCCUGCUACCUGCCCCCUGGCUUCCUGUCGGCGCCCGGGCAGCGCGUGGGCAUGCUGGCUGAGGCGGCGCGCACGCUCGAGAAGCUUGGCGAUCGCCGGCUGCUGCACGACUGUCAGCAGAUGCUCAUGCGCCUGGGCGGUGGGACCACUGUCACGUCCAGCUAGAACCCGUGUCCCCGCCCUCAGCACCCCUGUCUCUAGCCACUUCUGUCCCGUGCAGCUUCUGUCCUGUGUCGAAGCCCUGAAGGCCGAAGGCAGUGCGAGACCCUGGCCUCCACGGUUCACCCGCGGCUGCGCUGUCCCUUCGGGGUGGAAGGCCAGAGGGGCGCGAACCCGACCCUAAGACCGGCGGCCAUGAUGGUGCUGACCUCUGGUGGCCGAUCGGGGCACUGCAGGAGCCGAGCCGUUCGGGGCGGGGGGGCCCUCCUUGCUCUGCAGGCACCUUAGUGGCUUUUUUCCUCCUGUUUAGAGGGAAGAGAUGGGUACAUUUCCCUGCGCUGACGGAAGCCAACUUGGCUUUCCCGGACUGCAAGCGGGGCUCUGCCCCAGAGGCCUCUCUCUCCCUCGUGGGAAGACGUGUACAUAGUGUAGGUCAGCGUGCUCAGCCUCCUGACUUGAGGCUCCUGUGCUACUUUGCCUUUUGCAAACUUUAUUUUCAUAGAUUGAGAAGUUUUGUACAGAGUAUUAAAAAUGAAAUUAUUUAUAAUCUGGGUUUUGUGUCUUCAGCUGAUUGAUGUGCUGAGGAGUGAGAGUGCUUGGGCCCCAGCACCUAGGAAAAGGCUUCCCUCCCGCUCCGGCCACAAGGGACACAACUUAGCUCUUUUUGAUGUUAGUAGGGGGCGUGGGGAGGGCUGGCUGUAUGGCCUCCAGCUGACCGGUCCCCCUGUUCCCAGGGCACAUGUUUUGGGCUGUCAACCCUUAAGGCCUUGAUGGGCUCAGUUGUCCCUUCUCACCUCCCAGCUGUGUCCCCAUCAGGUCCCUGGGUGGUAUGGGAGGAUGGACUGUCCUCCAGGACCUGUUUGUUGUAUGACAGGAGCUACAGCUUGGGUCUCCCUGCAAGUCUGGCACGUCUCACCUCCCCCCAUCCUGUCCCCUGGUCCUCUCACAGCAAAGAAGCCUCCUCCCUCCUGACCCGCAGCCACACUGGAGAGGGGGCACAGGGGCGGAGAGGUUUCCUGUUCUGUGAAGGGCAGGCUCUCUGACUCCAUUCAUGCCCCCCUGAGCCCUUCCCUUCAUUCCCAUUCCCCAACCUAAAGACUGGCCCGGCUCCCAGCUGAAUCUGGUCGGAAUCCACGGGCUGCAGAUUUUCCAAAACAAUCGUUGUAUCUUUAUUGACUUUUUUUUUUUUUUUCUGAAUGCAAUGACUGUUUUUUACUCUUAAGGAAAAUAAACAUCUUUUAGAAAC